AUGGCGUCUAAUGAAUGGGACGAUUGGAUGCAGAAAAUAGUGAAUUUCUAUGUGUUUAAAACUGACGGAAUCAAUACAAAUAUGCUAUUUGUCACUAAUGAUGAUCGAGUCUAUGGUAUGGGUGCUAAUGAUUACGGUGUACUCGGAACGGGUGAUGAUAUGUGUGCUAAUAAACCGACACCAAUAUCAAUGUUGAAAGACAAACGUAUAAUUAAUUUUCUAAGCGGCAAAAAGUUUACCGUAUUUUAUAGCAGCGAUAAUUGUGUCUAUAGUUGCGGUAAUAAUAGUUGGGGACAGUUAGGUAGCGAAGGACUAGUGGGUCAAUUGAUGGUGACACCAAUGAAAGUACAGAUUAAUAAAAACAAUGCAUUAGUUCACGACAUAAGCUGUGGUUCAGAUCAUACACUGGUAUUAACACAUAGACAUCAAGUGUACGGUUGGGGUAGCAAUCGUUUCGGUCAAAUCAAUAGCCGAGACACUGCUAUUGAGGUCAUCGAUACACCCGUACUGAUUGAUUUCAAUGGCAAUCAAUGUAUCAAAGCUGUUCACUGUUGCCGUAAUACAUCGUUUGCGUUGACCAGUGAUGGACAGGUAUUUAUAUGGGGCGUGACUGGUGGUGAAACUGGUGUCGAAGUAUUUAAUAGACAAUUGGAUGAACCAAUGGAUUGUUUAGAAUAUUAUAUUACCUGUGAAUUACUAUUAGAUAUAUUAAAAUGUGUCCGAUAUUUACAUCAAUUGGAACCACCGGUUAUUUAUAGGGAUCUCAAACCCGAUAACAUAUUGAUUGCCAACUAUAUAGAAAACGGACAAGUCAUACGGUAG